UUCGAACAGUAAAAGCCUUCGGACCACACCACUUCUUUUUUAAGACCCUGUUUUAUUAACUACAGCUCAAGUUUCUGUACGUCAGAACUCAAAUUAAUAGCCCGGAAUCUGUAAUGUAGAGAGAAAAAUAGAGCUGUUUUUAUAUGUCAAAUGGGGUCAAUAAAUAAGUUUUGAUAAUGGUGAAACACUUGAACUCCUUUAACUUUUCCUUUGAUGGUUGUGUUAUUUUGUAUGGAUUUUGUGUUUCUAUGGACAAAAUUUUCGAAUGAAACAUGGGAUUGUGUUACAAGAAGACAACACGAGUACAUACAAAUACAACCAUGUUGAAUCAAGAAAAAACAACAAAAAUGGCUUCUUCUUCUUCUUUCAAAUCUUACAGAACAAUCCCAAUCCUUUUCAUUUUUGUUGCUUUCGUACGUACUACUGUCUUGUCGAAUCCUCUCUUGUCGGAUUCUAGUAGCAGCAAUCAGACUCUCCGGCCGCGCCAUGAGCUGCAAAAAUUGAAUAGAAUAAAAAUAUAUCUCAAGAAGGUCAACAAACCUGCAGUCAAGACAAUUCAGAGCCCAGAUGGUGAUUUAAUUGAUUGUGUUCUAUCCCAUCUUCAACCAGCUUUUGAUCACCCUCUGCUCAAAGGCCAGAAGCCAUUGGAGCCGCCAGAGAGACCUAAGGGACAUAAUUCAAUGAAUUCAACGGGAUUUCAGCUAUGGUCAGAACAUUCCGGCGAAACAUGUCCUGAAGGUACUAUUCCUAUCAGGAGAACAACGGAGAAAGAUGUUCUAAGGGUUAAUUCAAUUCGCGGAUUCGGACGACGAAGAAUCAGAAGAGGGGUCCAGCGAGACACCAUGAGCAGUGAUCAUGAGCAUGCAGUUGCUUUCGUUAAUGGAGAUCAGUAUUAUGGAGCAAAAGCCAGCAUAAAUGUGUGGACGCCCCAAGUAACAGACCAAUAUGAAUUCAGUCUCUCGCAGCUAUGGGUUAUUUCUGGCACAUUUGGCAAUGAUCUUAAUACCAUUGAAGCCGGUUGGCAGGUCAGCCCGGAGUUAUAUGGAGACAAUUAUCCUAGGUUCUUCACUUAUUGGACGACGGAUGCAUACCAAGCAACAGGAUGCUACAACUUAUUAUGCUCCGGCUUCAUCCAAAUCAACAACAAAAUUGCUAUUGGCGCAGCAAUCUCUCCAACAUCGUCUUACAAUGGCACACAAUUUGAUAUCGGCAUAAUGAUCUGGAAGGACCCCAAGCAUGGACACUGGUGGCUUGAAUUUGGUUCAGGACUUGUUGUGGGAUACUGGCCUUCAGUCUUGUUCAGUCAUUUACAAAGCCACGCAAGCAUGAUACAAUUUGGAGGAGAAAUAGUGAACACUAAAUCCAUGGGAUCACACACAUCGACACAAAUGGGCAGUGGCCAUUUUGCAGAUGGAGGAUUUGGCAAAGCAUCUUAUUUCAGAAAUUUGCAAGUUGUUGAUUGGGAUAAUAGUUUGAUCCCACUUUCUAAUCUUCAUUUAUUAGCUGAUCAUCCAGAUUGUUACGAUAUAAAAGCAGGAAAAAAUAAUGUUUGGGGAAAUUAUUUUUAUUAUGGAGGUCCUGGAAGGAACUCAAGGUGUCCAUAAGAAAAGACGAAGAAAAUUUGACAGAAAAAUGUAGAGAAUAACCUUAUUAUGAUUUCUUCUAGUUUGUCUUUUUUUUUUUUUUUUUUUUUUUUUUUUUUUUUUUUUUUUUUUUUUUUUUUGGAAAUGAGUUGGGUCAUCUUUAUAGUUUUCCUACCAAUAGAUCCAAUGCUUACUAGAUCUUCCAGAUUUGAUGUAAAUUUUUGUGUUGAGAAUUGAUAAUAUAACACAGUUUGUAGUUUUCUCA